UCUGCGCGCCGUAAACCAAACUUGAAAAUGGCGUCCAUGAGCAGCGGCAUGGCCAAUGGUACCAACAAACCAGGUUACAUGAGCAGUUUUAUGUCAUUCCUCGAAAACCAAGAUUCGGGCGAUAAACCCAGCACUACCACGGGAGACCCAGGGGAAAACCAGUAUGACCAAGAUUCACAAGAAGGAGUGGGCCAGGAGGAGUCAAACGCAGCCACCUCUGAAAUAACAUCCACUGGUGUGGAGAUCGACCCCCCGGAGGAGGACAUAACGCCCACAGACCACACCCCUGCAGAUCCAGACCCCGCAGUACAAAACACAGAAGUAUCAGCCAACACAGACUCCAGUGAAAAGCCUUCAGGCACGGAUGGAGAGAACACCAACAGCUCAGAGUCCACCACAAACAGUGAUGCGGGAGAAACUCCUGCCAGCGGCCGCCGUAACGUAGCGCGCAGAGGACGGCGGCGAAGCUCUGGGAUGUCGGGAGGCAUGUCACCUGGUAGUGGAGAAGUCAUCCCACAGAGAGAGACCCCACGCAGAGCAGCGCGGUCAGUCCAGCGCUACGGGAACAUUGAACCUGAUGGGUAUGGAGACUCGGACCCAGACUUCCACUUGUCGGACUCCGAUGACGAUCCAGAUUUCAACCCCAUCAACAGAAAGCAGGCAGCUGUUGGGAGUGAUGAAGAAGAUUUCAAACCGCGCAGAGGACGUGGGAGAGGAAGAGGGUUUGGCAGUGUGAGAGGUCGUGGUGUGGGUCGGGGCUCAGGGGGAGUCAAACGAGCACUAGACACGAGUGGCAGUAAAAACGACUCCGUUUCGGACAAACUCACCUCCCCAUCUUCCACGGUCAAUCCUCCUAAAAGGCGAGGGCGUCCGCCGUUGUACCCACAGACCUCUCCUUCCAGUACAGUGCCCAGCAGCGACGACAACACAGUGUCCAGUACGGAUGAUAAGAAUCCACCAUCAAAGCUGAGCUCUGCCUACAACUAUGCCGUCGCUCGCACUCAGCGUCAAAACCAGACCAUUCGGCUACCAGAGGGUCCGCAGCUUACUGCUGAACAGCUUGAGAUGGUCGAAUCUCAGUUCAAGAGUGGAGAUUUUGUGAUGGCCAAGAGGGACAUGGACAUGAUGGAGAACCCACCCAUAUGGAGGAUUGAUGGAAAGUCUCUACUCCAGAAGUUCCAGGCAUUCGAAAAAGAUGGAAAAACAUUAUACAGGAACAUAUCAACGUACUCCGGAUGGACUUCACAGGCGAAAGCUCUAUACGUGGGGGUGAAGGUGACCUUUGUGUUCCAGUCUCGGUAUGACACCGUGGUGGAGCUUGUUGGUAUCAAGAAUGGGGAGGAGGAACCAGAGAAGCAAAAGGAGGAAGAUGAGCCAACUUGGAGUGCAGUCAAAAACCAGCAGCAAGAUUUUGAGAUCUCGGAAGAGUUGCGUUCACACAUGCCGAGCUUUGAGAUAUACCUUCAAACCCUCAUUUCUCAAGCCCUUGAUAAUAACUUCCUCAUGGAGAUAUAUGAAGAAAAUGAUGAUUACUUUGUGGAAAGAGUGAAAGUCAUUGAUGAGUUAGCAGAGCAGAGAAAGAGAAAGGUCCUUGAAAUAGUCCAGUGGAAUGAACAGUUUCGGAAUUCCUUGGACACCUGGCCAUGCAUAAACGUUAUGAUUACCAAAAAUGCUGAGCAGUGCCAAGCGUGUUCCAAAGCGCCGGCCACCAAGCUGUCUCAGCUCUAUGGGCAGCCGUACAACCAACAGACGCUACGAUCUCGAGAACCCAUGCCUUCAGAAAUCGAUGCCAAGAACUUUGAGGUGUGCGAUCGGUGCUCUAACAUCUCGCAGAUGUACAAUAAAGUGUCCCACCAGAAGUACGAUUACUAUUCUCAGUGCAAGUCGACUGUGACCAAUAUGCGGGUGACCCAUCCCGACAAGCACACAACAACCAUCCUCAGAGACUUGCUAGCCAACGACCACUGGAUCAUGGGGUUGUUCCGGUCAAUGUGCACAACAUGGAUCAAGGUGGACAGACUUUACCAGGAGGAAAUGGAAAAUUUAAAAGAAAAUGAAAACGAUACAACGUGAUUGGUAGCUGAACAGUGAGAAACCAAACAGACAGACAAAAGAAAUCAAUCGAAGAGUUAAUCCUGCUGUUCGAACAGUGUUUGUGAUGGAUUUUGUAGGGGGAGAAAGGAAGAGAAACAAAAAGAAGUAACAGAAGUGAAACAGAGACAGUUUUAAGAUAUUAACUGAUAGAAAAAGAUGUAUAUUAAAAGGAUUACCAGUGAUGAGUAUGCAUGGUUGGUCGGAACCAGCAAGUUGAAUGGCAUUAAUAAAUAAAAAGCAUGAGGUAAUAUUUCUUCAGCAUCAAAACCAUCAAACAAGCUUUGUGUCAGUUCUGUUCCAUGUCAAAAUUUCUUUUUAAUAUUAGAAUAUAAAGAUGUACGAAAGUAGCAGUGCUUGUUGUCAAUUUUUAUAUUUGAUAGAAUAAGUGUGUGGAAACACCUCACAGGGCACUGGUGACCAGGAAAAUCCUAAACAAAUUUUAACGAGGGAACGCUGAGGAAAGUCUCACGAUGUACAUGAGGCGUCAUGCAGUGAAAUUGGAAAAGAAAUCGUUACGUACUUCAUGUUUAUUUGCUAUAGUGACAGAAAUACUUAAAGGAUAUCCAGACACUGUUGGAAACGAUUAAGUGUAGAGAGCAAGUGCAAGUAUUAUGCAUUCACAAAGAUCAGGUUGUGCUCUGACUACUGUCCAAAAGUUAGCGAGAAGUUGAACUGCAAGAUGAUGAUGUGUAUAAGGUGAAGACUGAUAACUAACUGUUCCAUGGAAGCAAGUUAGCCAGCAACUAGGAAAAAAACGUAUAUAUAUAUAUUUCUAAGAAAUACAAAAUCAUGAAGGGAGGUGAGUGAUCCAUUACCGUAUGGAAAAGUGAAAGGUGGAAAAAGGAAAUGAUUACCACCACAUUUUAAACGUUCGUGUGAAGAGGCAUAUUUUCCGGCAUAAGACUGAAGGAGGGGAUCAGAAGUGGCUUUGAAGAUACAGUAGAACUUCUUUAAACUGUGAAGUGGGGUUCCUUGACUUCAGUGACGUGACUGUAAUAGUAUCCUAGUUUCCAUCAGAAUAAGUUUAGAAAUGGUGACCUGAUUGUAAUGCAAACUUCCAGCAAUCUUCCUCAACCAAAUUCUCUCCUAGGAUAUAAAAGUCUUUAAGUAUUUAUUUAGAACUAUUGACAAAUACAUGUUGUCAUUGUGGCCAAAAUCCUCAACUCUGUAAAAGCAAUAUUGUGCAGUCAGUUCUACCACCAAAAAAUUAUUGAGUGUGUAUAUCUGAAUUUCAGAUUAUAUGCUCCAUGUUACUAUAGUAAAAAUUUGUUUUAAAA